AUGACGCGCCAACCUUCCGAUCAAUGUAUCGACGCUCCUGGCCAAUCGACCAACCCUUUGCCGAUUCCUACUACCCAAUCUGUUCCCCAAUCUGUUCCUCAGUCUGUUCCUCAGUCUGUUCCUCCUCCUCAAAAGUCUGCUGAUCAACAAACACCCUCCUUGGGCCAUGUUUAUCCAUCUAUUAAUGCUGCGUCCUGCAGCCAUGGACAAGGCCAAGAAGAUGUUUUCGUACCACCUCCACGAUUGACGUACUUGGAUUUAUUGAUCAUGGAAAAUUCAGGAUUUCCAAGUAUGGCUGAGUUUGAGAUCUUCCUCCAGCUGUACCAGAAAUCAUAUUAUCACAUGGAACUAGCGGAACGCAAAAAGCUCUUCCAGCAAGUGGAGCUUCUUCGACGAGGUAUGCGCCACCCGCAAUCGAUUCAAGCGCUGGUAGAAGCACAGCAGAGUAUUCAGGCCGGUCAACCGUUCCUCAGCCUCAAACAUUAUGCAAACUUCAGCCGAAACGGAUAUAUGCUCACCUCAAUGAUCAGUCGCUGCCUCAAUCUUACCUCUUUCGCUCUGCAGCGAGCCGUUUUUAAGGCCGCACUAGAAGCAAGUAGGAACACCGAUACGCCAAACAUAGCAACCAUUUCAGGAAAGAGCUGUGAAGAUAUUUUGACCCGUGGUGUAAAACACUGGACCGCUGAGGACAUCUUGAAACUUGAGACAAUCGUCUACAUCCGCCCCUCUGAGCACCAUGUCAAUAACCCUCCAUCUAAGGUCACUUCGCGUACUGAUUUUUCAUACUUCUCGCAUGACCCGCCUCUCCAUUGCCCGGAUCCUCCAAAGUAUGGAGGUAUGAAAAUCGAGCCAAACGAUUCCGCUUUGUCCUUGCAACAACCGUGGACAUACAGCCAGUGUUUGGACUACCUCGCUGGUCGGACAAUAAACUUCAUGAAUUCUCGUGAUCCAGAAGCUUUCUUCUUCAGCUUGCCUUCGGACGACAAGCUUCAAGGCAUGACGGCGGAUCAACGUGCAGAGUUUGUUCGUAAACACAUUUUAGAGGAAGAUGCAAAGCGUACUUUAUCGAAAUCAGGCAAUGAUUGGUACCCUGUUCACACGAAAACCUCCGAGCGUUCUACUGAACGUGCAUACGAUAGUUUGCCUCCGGAGCUUGAUACCACUGCAUCAAUCUCAAAAGUUAGCCCUUACAUCCAGGAAAGUCUUGUUAAUCAUCGAAACCUUAGAACCCAUAAUAUUUACAGUAGUCGAGGUAGACAUGGAUUCGAAUCACCAUCGAACCAUGGUGCAGAUUAUGAAAGAAGAAUGGGGUAUGAACGUAAGCCGCCAUCGAGCAUUGUGGCAGAUGACGGAUAUUGCAAUUCAGACCUGGGGGAUGACGAUGAUUCUGAUUGGGCUCCCACUCAAUCUGACAAUUGGAGUUCGCCAUUGAGAUUAACGAAGCGUGUAUCCUUCGCUGCAUUGGUGACAGACAUACCAGGAAAUCUUCGCGGACAGGAGAAUAGUAUCGUUCCAUCUGAUUCCCUCUCCUUUGCAGAGUCAGAGAAUGAUGAACCAACCACUGCAGACAAUGGUCCAUUGACCGAAAACAUUCGCGAUCGUCAGGAUCGUCUUUGGGCAACUUCUGCAGCUCAUGCUACUUCUGCGAUGGAGGUUGUACUGGCUUCGGGUGAUGAAAAUGACAAUAAUGUCCCAGUUAUCCCACCUCAUACCUCUAGUUCGAAGAGAGGAAACAGAAAGCGUUCAAUGACUCGAGGUAGUCGAGUAGCUCAACCACGUGCUCAACGACGCGGUGGGUAUUUUGAUACCUUGAUCAAUACUUUGGAAAAUCAGCAUUCGCAACUGUCCUCACUCCCAAAGUUGAGCGAGCUUCUCAGUUCUGUGGAUGAGAAGCAUCAGACGGCUACCAAAAAGCCUCAAGGUAUCCAAGCUCAAGAGGCUUUGUUCACUACUUCGGACGGGGCUCCGGUGCAACGCGGCGUUUCAAACGUUGGAUGUGCCCCUCAAGAAUAUUGCAUGCUAGCCGCGAAAGAAAUGUACCUGGAGCAGCAAAGAAAGAGGAGAAACCAACUGUUGCAAGAACAGGCUGCUAUGCAAGCUGAGACUGUCUUAAAAACUAGUUCAAAAAAUGAUCAUGACCUUGAAGCUUCAGGACAUAAACCGGAAUUGUUAACAACGGAACAGGAAAGCAAGAACCAAGUUGAAUUGAAACGCCAAGAACAGGAUACCAAGUUAGCUACUUAUCCCUUCUGGGAGAAAGGUGGUCAAACAAAGCCUGUAGAAUCUUCUCGUGUUUCUCUCGGAAAUGACAAAUCUAUCCGCAAUAGUCCAUCAAAGUUCUACAGUCGCGCAUCGAAGGAAGCUCGGCAAUUCAAAGUCGGUCAGCAUGAAAAGCUUAAACAAGAUAUGGCCACUAAGUUCAAUGAACUUAAGAAAUUUGCGGACGAGUUCAAGAUGUCCACCGCAGUGCCAAGUGACAUUGCCUUUAUCAAUCACGGUCCUCUUCGUAUCGCGAUCAAGGAAGACAAUCUUCGUCGUGCUAAGGGUGCUCCAUUUGAUGAGUCGAAUGUGGAGGUCAUCUCGGUUGAAGAAGCUACUCGUCUUCUUGCUGCUCAGAAGUUAGCUAAAGAGAUCUCGACUGCUACAAAGUCUGCAACUGCUUCGGACAAGACAACUCAAUGA